CAGUGAUACAAGGUUGUGGUUCGCACACCAAUUUCUGUCCACUUCCGAACCUUUGUUUUAUUUUUUAAAAAAUGUCCAUUAAUUUAGAAACCCUGACAACCUACAAUGUACGGGUAGGGGCUUCAAUCAGCCCGCAGACAGCCAAUGACUCCGACGCGGCAGGUGCCCAGAGCUCGGAGGAUAGCGAGUUCCACAUAGUGUCGCGGCAAUUGCCACGCAGCACAACCAAACAGGCACUGCUGAUGGAAAUUGACGCGUGGGACCAGAAAACACAGUGCACCUAUGAGGGUGACUAUGAUGUUGUGCCGCGGGACGUCGACGAGGUCGAUUGCGUGUUGCUGUACGACAAAGAGAGCCAGGUGUUUGUGGUCGAACGGAUAUCGUCCAACUGCACGGUAAAGGCUGGUACCGUCAGUGGUGCUGCCAGUGCAAGUGCAGCUUCAGGGAAACUGGCGCUGCCCAGCAGCACAUACGUGGCAGUAGAACCAAAGCCAAAGCCCAAAGGCAAGGCUACCUCAGAUAUGGAGGAUGGCUCUGACGAUGAUGCGUUUGCGCUCGAGUUGGAGGGGAUCCUCAACGAUGGCAGUGAGUCGGGAGACGUAUCGCGCAACCAGAGCCGCCGCGGCUCGAGCUCGCAGGCAGCACAUAAACCACAGGGCCCGGACGACCAGCUGGGCAUGGAGCUGGAGGAGAAUAUCGACGAGAUACUGGAUGCUGCUAGCGAUGAUGACAUGUUUGAGGAUGUCGAAGACGCGCAGUUCCACCACGACGACGAUGUCAGGUCGCUGUCGGACCAGAACAGCGACGAUGAUAUUGUGUUUGAGGACAUCCCAGCGCCCAUUGGCACCUCUGCGCCCUUUGAGACGUUUGAGGAAGUGGGAGAAGACGAUGAUAGCGAGUUCGAGACUGUUAAUGUCGACGAUGCCGGCAAUGCAGACGACCUGUUUGGCGAUAUCGAGUCGGGUAGCACCUCGCCAAUACAUGCAGCGCCCAAUUCAGCUACCUCGCAGAGUAAAGGCCUGUCGUCAGCAGCUGACCAGGAUAACGAAAACUCUGACGAGUUUGAUGAUCUAGAAGAGGACCUAGAGCGUAGCCUUGGAGUUAGCUGAAAUCCAUGGUGUAGAGCAUUUCUCCAAGCAAAACAUAAAACAGCAGCAUGUAAUUGUCUAUCAAGUAGCAUGGGUAUUCG